UGGUUAGUUGGUUACUUGGUUAUCACCAGUUAUCACCCUCAUCAUUUUCAAUUUUGCAAGUGUAAAUAUAUGAGCACACAUUUUGUACAAUUCUCUCAUUUUGUUUUCGAAACGGUCCUUGGAUUUUCAGUAUUUCUUCCCUGUUUGUUUUUGUUGGAACACUAUUAAGUCCCAUUUGCGUGGUGUCGAUAUUAUACUGUUGCCUUAAGAAAGUACUAUGCAUGAAAAUACAUCCCCAAUCCUUCCAGAAGUUUUCAUGAUGGUUCAAGUGGCAACUCAUUCUUCAUUAUUUUGCAACUCUGUCGGUUUAAAAAUUACGUAUUCAAACAACUCAUCGGAAUCCUGACAUUGAGCAUCUCUUCGCUGAAAAUCGAAAUGAUCGAUGGAGCCUGUCAAACCCAACAGUUCAGACUGCUGUGGAUCAGGUUGUGUGCCGUGUAUCGUCGAUGUCUACGAAGCAGAGUUGAGGAAGUGGAAAGAAGGUAGCACAGCAUCGGUCAGCCACAAACAGAGAUGUGAUCUUUUAUCAACACUGCGGUACCAACCGUUCAGAAUUUUUGAAAUCUCAUUAUUAGCGCAGGACAUUUUCUUAUUUAGAUUUCAAGCAUCUGCGGCAAGUCACUGUUCUGACGAACAGACGGCUUUUGAAAUCUCAGGUCAUCUGCCAUAUCGGCCGAGCCAACAUCUUAUCAUGCGAUGCCCUCGUCUGAAGACUUCUGGGUUCCAAUCGUCUGAUAUGGCAACAAGCUCUGAAACGUCACUGGGUAGAACUGAGGUGGAAAGCGAGUUUAUUUCCCGAGCAUACACUCCUAUCAGUCUGGCAGAUGAGGAAAACAACUGCUGCUUUGACACGGUCAUCAAGCUGUAUGAGAAUGGGCUGAUGUCUUCAGUGCUUCGAACGCUACAGAGAGGUGACUUGGUCUAUUUUCGAGGUCCUUACGGAGGCUUUGAACACACGCCUGGACUGUAUUCAUCCCUGACAAUGGUGUGUGCAGGAACUGGUCUAGCGCCAAUGAUAAGCAUCAUCAAAUCAAUACUGCGCAACGAGGAUGAUGAAACGCUAGUAUUACUCUUAUUCUCCGUAUCCAACUUUCAAAGUAUCAUCUUGCGAGAAGAGAUCAGUAACUUCUGUCGCAACUGGAAUAUGAAAGCGAAAAUUUUUCUGAGCGGCGAGAGGAAUUGGAGUGAAGUCUCACAGCACCUACGGCAUGGUGAAGCGAUUCUGUGCCAGCGAAUAAAUCAAGAGACCAUCGAGUCAGAGGUGUGCAAUCGACAGAACAAUCAGGUUCUUCUGUGUGGACCUGAAGGUUUUUGCCAGGACGUUCAAACUUGGUUGCGUAACACAAAGUUUGAUGUGGAGCGAAGGCUUUUUGUUUUUUGAUGCCUUCAGAAAUAUACUUUAUUUUAAGAAUGGUCAAAGACUGUCCUGCAGAAGAAUUGGCUGCCUCUUGCUAAGUUUAAUUCAAGAUCUCCAGCAGAUUGUGUGAUAAAAUAUAAAUGUUCUACAUGGGUUUUAAUAACAGGAAGUGCUGAUUUUGUAGCACUGGGUGGCAUUGGAGGUUGCCAAGUUGAGCAGUUAAAUGUGGAUAUUUUAAAAGGGUUUAAAUAGCGGAAAGUGCUGAUUUUUGGAAGUAUCUGGCAACAAUGGUUUAAUUUCCAGCCAAGUUGUUCUGUUUUCUGUCGCUUUAAGCUGUAACUUUUAUUCAAAGAUCAAAUGAAGACUGUCCUGUUAAAAAUUUUGCAGCACCAUCUGGAGGUUGAUGUUAAUCAAAGACUGUUUGUUUUUUGAAGCUUUUGGAAAUAAAGUUUAUUUAAAGUUAA